AUGGAAAAAGAUGCUAAUUGUCAAACUGACACAUCAAAUAUAUCAGAGGAAAUUCACAUGUCUGAUAACUUAAAUGCUAUUUUAGUGUCUUAUGCAAAAAAUGUAAUAUUAUUUAAUCCAGGAAAGGAUUGUAGCGAUGAGGACACAAUAAAAAAAAAUAUAUAUAUGUGGUCAAAGGAAUAUUUUAAAAAAUUGUAUGAAGAAAGUAAAGAUGAUAAAAUAAGUUUAAAUAGUAACUCGAACGGGGACGCAUUUGAUACCUGUGUCGAAGGGAAUCAAAUUAAAGAUCAAAUAAAAAAGGAGAUGGAAAAAGUUACUUUUCAUAUAAAUAAUUAA